CCACUACAUCACCAAAGUGAAGCGUUCGCGGGCACACUUCUCUUAAGUGCGCUCGUGAGUGUGUUGCGCGUCGGACGCACGUCCCAGUUUUGGCACUGAUGCGAGUGUGUAGGAACCCAGCGCGUCCUCCUCUCUCUCCUCUAACCUCCUCACAGCGAGACGCACGAUUCCACAGGAUGCCUCACCAUAUGCUUCUCUUAACCACUGAGUUUGGGGUUGGAAUGUAGGCGAUCCAUCGGGCGCAGAGCGAGUUCUGGAUUUGGAUGCUUCGCUGGCACUGCUUUGCGGGUGAUGGUGAAGCGCGUCUUGCGCGCUGCCGCACGUUUCCUCGAUCUUUCCUCGGGACGUUUGGCGAAGGGAAAUGUGAAGAAGGCUUAAAGAAUGGCAUGUAAACAUGGUUUCUGCCAAGAAGGAGAUGGUGACUGCGAUGUACCCCACUUCUAUUUCCACUCUCCUCUACUUUCUCUGUGUGGCGGCUUGCAUAAAGAGAAUAUCUGGACAGAUCAGAAAGGAUGAGAAAUUAUACCCGGAAAAUUUCACGCGCAUUCUGGACCGACUCCUGGAUGGAUACGACAACAGACUCCGACCUGGAUUUGGGGGUCCAGUAACAGAAGUGAAGACUGAUAUUUACGUCACAAGUUUUGGCCCAGUUUCCGACGUGGAGAUGGAGUACACCAUGGAUGUGUUCUUCCGCCAGACGUGGGUGGAUAGGCGGUUAAAAUAUGAUGGCCCAGUGGAGAUCCUCCGGCUAAAUAACCUGAUGGUGACCAAAGUCUGGACCCCUGACACGUUCUUCCGGAAUGGCAAAAGAUCCGUGGCUCACAACAUGACGGCGCCCAAUAGACUCUUCCGAAUCAUGAAGAACGGCACCAUCCUGUACACUAUGAGAUUGACAAUAAGUGCAGAAUGUCCCAUGAAACUUGUCAAUUUCCCGAUGGAUGGCCAUUCCUGCCCUCUGAAGUUCGGCAGCUAUGCCUAUCCAAAGACUGAGAUGAUCUACACCUGGACCAAAGGGCCACAGCAUUCUGUGGAGGUCCCACCUGAGUCGUCCAGCCUGGUCCAGUACGACCUCAUCGGACAGACUGUGUCAAGCGAGACUGUAAAAUCCAUCACAGGUGAAUAUGUGGUAAUGACGGUCUACUUCCACUUGAAACGGAAAAUGGGCUACUUCAUGAUUCAGACGUACAUCCCCUGCAUCAUGACUGUAAUCCUUUCCCAAGUGUCUUUCUGGAUAAAUAAGGAAUCCGUACCCGCCAGAACUGUCUUUGGAAUCACCACCGUGCUCACUAUGACGACCCUCAGCAUCAGCGCUCGUCACUCUCUGCCCAAGGUCUCGUACGCCACAGCCAUGGAUUGGUUCAUCGCCGUGUGUUUUGCUUUCGUCUUCUCUGCUCUCAUCGAGUUUGCCGCCGUGAACUACUUUACCAACGCGCAGGCGGAGAGAGCCAAGAGAAAACAGGCCGCUGCCGCUGCAGCCAGUGCCAAGAGCUCCACACCGUCAGGCAAAGCGAAAGACACAGAGGAGGUUCUACAGCAAAACUCGGACACCAACGGCAACCUGCGAAAACGUGUCAACUCCAGCAUUCAGUCUCAACCGGACUCCAAGAAAACCCAAAGAACCGAAACAUCUAGCAAGAGCGCCGCAGCCACAUCCAAACCAACUCUGACCAGCCAAUCAUCUUCCACCUCAGAGGGUACCAGCAGUUUCUCCAGCCAGUCACGUCUAAGCCCCAGUUCUGCCAGCCAAUCAAAUGCAGCCACUUUAUCCUCCGCCUCCAAGACCACACCGCCAGCCCCGCCCUCUACACCAACAGUUCCCGAGAAACAAUCGCCGGGUGCGACCCCUGGCUCCGCCUCUCUUCACCAUCUCCUUGGGCCUAAAUUAGAAAAUAUUAAAAAGAAGGAAGCCAAGGCCGCACCUCAACCCGCCGCCCCUGCGACCGGAGGAGCCAGCAAGAUCGACGAAUAUGCACGUAUUUUAUUCCCAGUGUCCUUUGGGGCAUUCAACAUGGUGUACUGGGUGGUUUACUUAUCCAAAGACACCAUGGAGGCCAAGGGAGGCUAACAAGAACAGGCUUGGUUGUUUGUACGCUUUUUUUUACAACUCGCUGAACAAAUGAAGUAAAGAGCCCUCUUAAGGAUUACAUCAACUGUUCAAUUCCAAGAAAUGAAAUUCUUUUACGGCAGAUGAGCGCACAGAAGAGAUUAUCUGGGUGAAAUAAUAUUAAAACUUUUUUGUUGUUUAUCCAAAGGGCCGUACACAAGAUUAAGCAUGUGGAUAUAUUAUAAUAAGUAAAAAUAAUUCAAUUAAAAAACAAUCCAAGCAAUCUCACAGGAAUGAAUCCUAGAUUUAUCUGUUGUUUGUUUGAAUAGCCAUAUUUCCGGUCUGUCCUAUUUAUUGCCGGACACACUGAAGAAGGAACAAUGCUACUGAAUAGAAAAAUCAAUACCAGGGCCGUUUAGUCUAUUUUUAUAUAGAGACACUUCCGGGAAAAAUCCUUCAUUGGAAGAACCGUUUUCGGAAAACCAACAGAUCUGAACUGAACUUGCAGAUGUCUGCCAAGAAGACAUAUUUCUGACAUAGUAUUUCUUUCAGUUGUGACGCAAUCUAAUUUUAAACCACAUCAUGGUGUAUGUAAACUAUCAGGCAUGAAUGGUAUCUAUUCUGUGUUCUCUCGCCGAGAGAAAACGUUGGAAGAGAGCGUGUGCUGAUCAGUGAAAAACACAUAUGCAUGUCUUUUAUUUUUUAAAGAGACUAAAAGAAUUUUUGUCGUUACAAAUUAAGUCGUUAAAACACAAAUGAUGGUUUUCUCUCUUUGUUUUUGAAGUUAAAUGGCUUGUUUUUGGUUUAGUUCAUUUUGGGUUUCAUUUUCAUUGUUGCAGUAUUUUUUGUCUUAUAGCUGAUACAUUCUGCUAUAAACAAGGAAGUGUGAUAUAUAGGAAAGGAGUUCCAACAAAUGAAGGCCCCCUGGAGCCUGGUGCCGUGGCAACCUCACAGGGUCCAGAUGGUUCUGGAGUCAUUUAGAACAAUAAGAGGUUUAAACAGACUGAUGUUGUCAUAGAAGAGCUGGAGGAUGACGAAAACCUCCACCAAUUCACAUAGGGCUGUUUUUUGUAUGUGUAAAUUGGAUAUAAACAGUGACUGGUUGAGGUCUACAUUAUCCACCAAUUGUUAGUUGUCACAAAAAGUCAGUGUUAAAGGAAUAAAUCACUCAAAAAUGGUCCCAUGGAACAUAAAAGAAAAAAAAAAGAGGAAAUGUAUAGCAGAAUGUUUGAAGUCCAAAAAUGACAAAAAAAAAGCACCAUAAAAGUAGCUCAAAUGACUUCUGAAGCAAUAGCUUUGUGUGAGUAACUGAAAUUUGAAACAUUUAAUUUUUUAAUAAACAUGAAUGUGAAUAAAAUAUGUAUGGAAGCUUAUUUCCGCAACUGAAUAAAAAUAAAAAAGGUAAUUGCGACUUUUUAUCUCACAAUUCUGACUUUUUUUCUCAGAAUUGCGAGAUAUAAACUCAUAACUGCAAAAUAAAACUCACAAUUCUGAGAAAGUCAAGUCUUUUUUUCCUCAGAAUUGGACUUUAUAACUCACGAUUGCAAGUUUAUAUCUCGCAAUUCUGACUUUAUAACUCGCAAGUACGAUAUGUCACAAUUCUGACUGUAACUCGCAAUUGCGAGUUUAUAUCACACAAUUCUGACUUUAUAACUCGCAAUUGCCAAUUAUAUCUCGCAAUUCUGAGAAAAAAGUCGCAAUUAUCUUUUAUUUUUUAUUCUGUGGCAAAAACAAGCUUCCAUAAAUAUGGCGAAAGUGUUUACUGACAAACAACAAUUAAAUUUUGGCUUGUUUGUCACACAAAGCUAUUGUUUGACAUAUAUAAAAAAUAGUCAUACAGACUACUUUUUAUAGAUUGUUGUGCAGCGAUGUCAUAGAAGAACCAUUUUUGGUUCCUGAAAGAACCUUUCAAUAAAAAGUAAGUAACUUUUGCUCAUUUAA